AGCUCGUCAGCAUAAUGAAAACAGUGUUUGUAACUGUCGGAACUACCAGUUUUGAUUAUUUAAUGAUAAGCAUGACUUCAAAUGAAGUAGUAAAGGCAUUAGUAGAUGGGGGAUACACUGAUGUGGUGCUUCAGUUUGGUCGUGGUUCAUUUGUUCCUGAUCCACAAACCUGUCCUGGACUGAGGAUUGAAGCUUUCAGAUUUAAAGAAUCCAUAGCUGAAAACAUUCAGCUGGCUGAUUUGGUCAUUAGUCAUGCGGGUGCAGGAAGCUGUUUGGAGUCGUUAGGAGCAGGAAAGCCACUGCUUGUGGUUGUUAAUGAUAAGUUAAUGGACAACCAUCAGCUGGAACUGGCCAAGCAACUGCAAGCUGAUGGUCAUCUCCUCUACUGUACCUGCAGCACUCUUGCACAAACUCUGCGGGAGAUGGAUUUGUCUGCUCUGCUGCCAUUUCUGCCCGGUCAGCCUCAGAACUUUGCCAGAUUUUUAGACAAAGCUGUUGGACUCGUCUGACUAUCGUCUAGCCAUUGAUGUUUUGUGUUUCUGAACAUCAGUAUGGAGGAAGACUGCAUACCAAACCAUGCUACUUAUAGGAAUAGCUGACAUAACGGAAUCAAAUGGUGUUGGUUUACUCAAAGUGCAAAAUUAGCCAAAGGAAUGGACAGAAGCACAAAGGUAUCCAAGAUAUAAGGUGACUGGCUUUGGAUUUGUAUUUAGACGUAAACAUAGUGUUUGAAUUUCAUUUCCUAGAAGCAUCUGAAGAAUACUUAGUACUUCUUUACUUAGCCUGCCACUGAUCAGCCGUUCGAGUAAAGUCUUGUAGUGAAAGCUGCAGGCAUAACAAACAACAAUAAUUAAUUCAGUUCUUUAAUUAGUCAAAGAAUUGCUUUUUCACUUUAUAUGUAUUAAAACAUCAGCCUGUUUUAUGAGAGGAUGAAGAUAUAAGGUCAAUAUAAUAUCAGUGAGUUAUCGGCUGUCUUGUUCGCUGCUAUUGUAAAAUUUAAAACAGAAUGUUACCCGACCAAUCACAUUACACACAAAAAAAGAUUUUUUUUUAGGUAUACCAGAGAUUACUGCUUAAGAGUGUGCCUGGGUUUGAAAACUUGGCUUUGCAAAGAAACAUGCAAGUGCAAACACACCUUUCGCCAACUAGUUUCAGUUUAUUAUUAAAAAGUUUAACGUCAUCUUUUACACUUUGGAUACAUUCAUGACACGAUUUAUCAGUUCAAUGUCAAACACAGUCACAGGCAACUUUGUAUCUCCAGUUCACAUGGCUUAAUGUCUUUGGAUACCACGGGACAUCUUUAGAGGUCUUGUGGAGUCCAUGCCUGUAUGGGUCAGAGCUGUUUGCCAACAUGAGAGCGACCUUCACAAUAUUAACCACACUGGUGCUUUAACUUUAUGGCUGAUUAGUGUAUAUGUACUAUAUGUAGGGUCCUACUAAAUUCAUGGGAAAAUGUGCUUAAUUUCACGGACCUCGUUUUAAAAAAAAAUCUAAGAUUUCACAGAUUUUUAAAGAAAAGAGCCACAUUUCACAGCAGUUGUUAAAUAACACUCAUAAAUUGAAUGUUAGAAUAAAUGAAAGCUACAGUACACAGCACAGCCUACAUUAAUGGUCGAAUGUAAACCUAGAACAUCCAGCGACUCGUCUGUGUUUUGACCCCCCCCCAUUUAGUUAGUUACCUGAGUAGUGUUUUUAGCUGUUCACCUGGCUGCAUGUCUUUAGACUGUGGGAUGAAAUCAGAGCUCCCAGAGAAAAUCCACACAGACACGAGGAGAACAUGCAAACUCUACACAAGAAGGAUCCAUACCACUCCACCUGGGAAUCGAACCCAGGACCUUGUUGCUGACAGUGCUACCCACUGAGCCACUGUGCUGCGCCAUCGCUCACUAACCAGAAUGCACGCACACAGUAACUAAAGCUGGUAUUCGAAUAAUGGCAUUUGACAGUCCCAGUUUGUGUAUUGGAACUGAUACUAGGCCUGUUGAAUUUUGAAAUGUAUUGGUGCCUUACUGUGGUACAUGUAUAAAGCUUAUUAUUAUAAUUUUAAUUCAAUAAAUGAUUAAUAUAUUGUC